CCCGCAGCCUCGGUGGUGAAACUCAUCAACCAAAACCUCCCCCCCGGCCUGAAGAUGGGCAACGACGUCAAGGACAUGAUCUUAGAGGCGUGCAACGAGUUCAUCCAAGCCGUGAGCGGCGAAGCGAGCGAGAUCAGCGACAAGGAGGGGAAGACGACGAUCACGCCCGAGCACGUCGUCAAAGCGCUCGAAGCGCUUGAGUUCGACGCGUACCUCCCCGCGGUGAACGAGGUGUGGGAGGAAGAGAAGAAGCUCGACGCGGAGCAGAGGGAGGUGAAGAAGACGAAGAAGAAGGCGGCGGCGAACGCGAUGAGCGCGGAGGAGGCACUCGCGCUGCAGACGAAGAUGUUCGCGGAGGCCAAGGCGCGAUACGCCGCGGGA